AUGUCGUUUCUAGGAAUUCGAAAUUUCAUCGUCAACUGCAUCAUCGAACACUCGAAAACAGAGGAUAAAUUGAAAAGCGAACGGGCCUUUCUGAACAAGUUGAAUCUGGUACUGGUGUCCAUUUUGAAGCAGGAGUGGCCGCAUAACUGGCCCACAUUCAUCAACGAAAUCAUCUCGUCAUGCCACACCAGUUUGUCGAUUUGCGAAAACAACAUGGUGAUUCUGCGCUUGCUAUCAGAGGAGGUUUUCGAUUACUCGCAGGACCAGAUGACCUCGACCAAGGCCCGGAAUUUGAAAACUACGAUGUGUCAGGAAUUCUCGUCGAUCUUCCAAUUGUGCAUCGAGGUAUUAAGCACCGCAACUCAAAGCAGCUUGGUUAAGGCUACCUUAGAAACCUUACUACGGUUUCUUAAUUGGAUUCCGUUGGGCUAUGUCUUUGAGACUCAGAUUAUCGACACGCUUCUUAACCGCUUCUUGGAUGUGCCAGACUUUCGAAAUGCGACAAUGAAGUGCUUGACCGAAAUCGGAGGGUUGCAGGUUGGCUCCCAGUUUUCAUAUGACGAGAAACUUGUGCAUAUGUUCACUGAGACUCUAACCACCGUCUCGAAAAUCAUUCCCUUAUCUCUGGAUUUACGACAGACAUACUCGACCAGCAACUCUCGAGAUCAGGAGUUCGUUCUCAAUCUGGCACUCUUUCUCACCAACUUUUUUAGUGUUCGCCUGAAUCUUAUCGAGCGUCUUCCGAAUCGUGACUACUUAGCACAUGGCCAUUUCUACCUCAUCCGCAUCAGUCAAAUUGACGACCGCGAGAUCUUUAAGAUUUGCCUAGAGUACUGGACGAAGCUUGUCCAGGAGUUAUACGAGGAGAUGCAACAGCUACCAAUCACGGAUAUCAAUCCCCUUGUGAGCAUGGGCGUCAGCGGCCUUUCCAACGGAGGAGCUCCUAACCCUACCACUCUCGCUAAUUAUCCUCUUCGAAAACAUAAAUUCUCCGAAGUUCUUUCCAGCCUCAGAACUGUGAUGAUCGAGAAGAUGGUACGACCUGAAGAAGUCUUGAUCGUCGAGAACGAUGAGGGUGAAAUUGUCCGGGAGUUUGUGAAGGAAAGCGACACUAUUCAAUUAUACAAGACCACCAGAGAAUGCUUGGUCUACCUUACACAUCUCGACGUCGUCGACACGGAAAACAUCAUGGCAGACAAGCUAUCCAAACAGGUGGAUGGCACUGAGUGGUCGUGGGCGAAUUGCAACACACUAUGCUGGGCUAUCGGGUCGAUAUCUGGUGCGAUGAACGAAGAAACAGAGAAGAGAUUCCUUGUGACAGUCAUUAAAGACCUUCUUGGAUUGACUGAGAUGAAACGAGGGAAAGACAACAAAGCUGUGGUUGCAAGUAAUAUUAUGUAUAUUGUUGGACAAUACCCUAGGUUUUUGAAAGCCCACUGGAAGUUCUUGAAGACCGUGGUGAAUAAACUGUUUGAAUUCAUGCAUGAGACACAUGAAGGUGUCCAAGACAUGGCGUGCGAUACCUUCAUCAAGAUUGCCAACAAGUGUAAACGACACUUUGCUGUGCAUCAGCCUGGCGAGUCGGAACCGUUCAUUGACGAAAUUCUUGGGUCAAUGAGAAAGAUCACCUGUGAUCUAUCGCCACAGCAGGUUCACACCUUCUACGAAGCCUGUGGCUACAUGAUUUCGGCUCAAGGCCAGAAGUCGAUACAGGACCGACUCAUCGGGGAACUGAUGUCCUUACCCAACUCUGCUUGGGAUGCCAUCAUCAACCAAGCGAACCAGGACCCUGCGAUUCUGCAAGACGGAGAAACGAUAAAGAUUGUGGGGAAUAUCAUGAAGACCAACGUCGCGGCAUGCUCUUCGAUUGGUAGUUACUUUUAUUCGCAGAUUGGUCGCAUAUAUCAUGAUAUGCUGAACAUGUACCGUGCUUCGAGCCAGUUGAUUAAUGAAGCUGUUGCGAGAGACGGAAAUAUUGCAACGAAGACACCGAAAGUUCGCGGCCUUAGGACUAUCAAGAAGGAGAUUUUAAAACUUGUUGAUAUCUAUGUCGAGAAGGCAGACGACUUGGAAAUGGUCAAUAGCAACAUGGUCCCUCCACUUCUUGAAGCCGUUCUUCUAGAUUAUAACCGCAACGUGCCCGAUGCUCGAGAAGCGGAGGUUCUAAAUGUUAUGACGACAAUUAUCCACAAGCUUCAUGGCAUGAUGGAAGACAAAGUACCCAUUAUUAUGGAGAGUGUUUUUGAAUGCACCCUGGAGAUGAUCAACAAAGAUUUCCACGAAUACCCCGAGCAUCGUGUCAGCUUUUUCAAAUUGCUCCAGGCUAUCAACCUCUACUGCUUCCCUGCGCUGCUUAAACUAGAUGGAAGCCAAUUUAAAUUUGUCAUUGACUCUUGCAUGUGGGCCAGCAAGCAUGAUAACCGAGAAGUGGAAAAUACGGGUCUGGCUAUGUGCCUUGAGCUGAUGAACAACAUGGCAGAAACCAACCCGCAAACAUCAGGGAUAUUUUUCCAGCAAUUCUACAUUCCGAUCCUUCAGGACGUAUUCUUCGUUCUUACCGAUACUGAUCACAAAGCUGGCUUUAAAUCCCAAGCCAUGCUUCUUUCCCGCAUGUUCUACUUUGUCGCCGCUGAUAAAAUACAGCAACCAAUUUACUCUGCAGACCAAGCACCAAUGGGGACACCGAACAGAGAGUUUCUUCAGCAAUACGUGGCCAACCUUCUCCAGACGGCCUUUAAAAACUUACAAGAGUUGCAAGUUAAACAGUUUGUGCAGGGACUGUUCGCCUUCAACGAAGAUUUCACGAAGUUCAAAACUCACCUGAGAGAUUUCUUGAUCUCGUUGAAAGAGUUCGCUGGAGAUAAUGCUGAACUCUACGCCGAAGAAAGAGAGCAGGCGCUCAAGGAAGCAAAAGCUGCGGAGAGAGACCGUGCAAUGAAGGUUGGCGGUCUGUUGAAACCUGCCGAGAUGGAUCAGGAAGAUGAGCUGUGA